AUGGAACAGCAACAGAUUGAUAUAGAAGAUGAUAGAACACAACUAACAAACGAUGUUCAACAAAUUGACAAACGUUUAACAUUACUCCAAGAAUCAGUUAAAACAGAAUUAACAUUAAUGAGUGAUAAAAUUAAAACAGACAUAUCAACAGUGAACACAGUAAUCGAAGAAUUAAAAGAACAUGCACAACAUGUAAGAGCUAAGGAUGAUCGGUAG